AUCGAAGCUGGCCCCGGUUCUAAGCUUUGUGUUCAACAACUUGUAUGAUCAUAGCUGAAAGCAAUGUCUUUCACUACUGGAUCUAGUCUGUUUGGCAGUACUUCUCAGCAGCCCCAGCAGCAAGGGAACCUGUUCGGAAGUACACAACCCAACACACCGAAUCAGCAGCCGAACACAACUCAAAGCACUCCCAAUCUCUUCGGUGGGCAACAACCAGCGGCCGGUGGGCUGUUUGGGAACACGGCGCCGAAGCCUGCCGGCAGUCUAUUCGGGAACACAACGACGAACACACAGACACAACCCGCUGCUGGUGGAUUGUUCGGCAACACCAACACACAGACGCUACCGCCUGGUUCGUUGUUUGGGAACCCGUCAACAAACACGAACACUCAACCUACAACGGGCGGCAGUUUGUUUGGGAACCUGAACUCCAGCACCAACACGGCCUCAACACAGCCCGCGUCCGGUGGACUCUUUGGCAAUACGACACAACCGGCGACGGGAGGCAGUCUAUUCGGCAACCAAGGUGCAAACCAGGCGCAAACGCAGCCAGCUACGGGCGGACUGUUCGGUAACACGAACACGAAUCAGGCUGCUCAGGGUACUGGUGGAAGUCUUUUUGGCAAUACGCAGAAUUCGGGAGGUGGCCUGUUUGGGAACAAGCCAGCGACUACGGGUGGCUCGUUAUUUGGCCAGCAACCACAACAGAAUACGGGCCUCGGAGGGAGUUUGUUCGGGCAACCACAGCAGCAGCAGCAGCAGCAGCAGCAGCAGCCACAACAGUCGGGUGGAUUGUUCGGGUCUACCUUGGGUGGUUCAUCGCUUUUCGGUGGAUCUAAACCGCAAAACACUCUAGGGCUUAGCACUCUGCAACCACCCCCGCCACAAUCGUCACCUAUCGGCUCCGUUCCUUUCACCAAAUCCACAAAAUUCAAUGACCUGCCAGACAACCUAAAACAAGCAUUCGAACAGAUCGAGUCACAUAUACAGGGACGGGUGCAAAUCAGCCAAGACCUCAAACAGCGUAAGGUGGGAGAGGAGGCUCUGAAGGGUCAGGAUAUCAUCCGGAGCGUCCACAAGGAUUUGGUCAACUGCAUCACCACACUGCAAAACGACGUCCUUACUACGCGAGAUCUGAAGGCAAAAGUGGAUCAAACAGUACAAGACACGAUUAUUGCGAUCCAAAUUGUCCAAGGUCAUCAGAAUCAGCAGGUCCAUGGAGAGUUUUUGAAGAACCAUGCUGGGUUCCCACUCGAGUUCUUCACCCGCAUCACGGAGGAGAUGCAGAGGCGAUUACAGUGGUACAAGACGACGAUGGAGCAAAUCGAGAGAAAACUGGCCUCUACCGCCUCACGAGCGCAAUAUACGCCACAAGUUAUCAACUCAACGCUCCAAGCUCAACACGACUCCUUCAUGGCCCUCGCCAACAGAGUUGCUUCCAUCAAUGCAGACGUCCAGCGCAUCAAGGCUAUUUACACCCAAUUGUGGAGGCAAAAGACGGGGAGCAUGCGGGAUCCGUUCAACGAGCUGGAUAGAGGGAGCGGCGGUGACUUUGGGCUGGAAGGGAUAUACGGGAAAUAAAUGUGUGGUUCAGGUACUUGUUUUGAUGUAUGUUGUGUAUCGCUUGUCUUGUGCUCUUUUGUAUAUAGCACCUUUUCUACGUCCAAUCGUGGCACGUCAGUUCAAC